AUGAAACCGGCGGUCGUAGUAAAACAGGAGCCCGUUUCGGCUGAGGUUAAAACCGAGAUUGAGAUUGAAACGGACGCUGCCGAGUGGCUGGACGCAACGGAUGCGACGAGCAACGAGGGCAACGAUACAGAUGAGGGGCGGCUCCGCGACGGAUCACCCGAGGACGAUGAUGAGUACUACGAGGAGGAAAUGCUACUGUUUGCCGACUUCGAGACGUACCUAACGACGAACGAUGUGAGUGGCGCGAACGUGCAAGUAAUCGGUCUGGACUCGGACAGUCCCAUCAUCCAGGUGAACGACGAAGUGUACCGGGGCACGUACGAUUACGCCUGCGGCACCAACGUGUUCUUCGAGAAGGACCGCCAGUGGACGCCGGCGGCCGACUCGCUGUUCGAAACGCCCGUCAAGCAGAUGUACCGGUACAUGGACAAGUCGGACAAGAUACUGCGCAUGAAGCGGAUCUUUUUGACGGAAAAGGUUAACCAACAACCGGGCGAGAGGUCGCAAGCGAGGCAAGAUGAUAGUGAGGUCGCUGGCGACGGUGCUGGCGCAAGUUCCAGCGAGGAGGAGGAAGAGAUCGAAAAGUACAACGUUAGCAUGACGUACGAGGAGGCAUUAAACCAGCACCUGCCCGAAGGCUGCAGUGCUCCGCGACACAUUCCCGAGCCACAAAAUGGGCGUCCGCUCGUGAACCGGGUGGUCACACAGGAGCAGCAGCAGCAUGACACCUGAAGAACGGUAGCCGGGACCACGACGUUGCACUCUGUGAAUGCUAAGAGGACGAA